CGUUUCAAGUCAGUGAUCUCCUAUCACGGCACAGUAUUUGAAAGCUUAUUUUCUGCCUUUGCGAACCGAUUAUUCCAACAAUUUGAAAGCGAUUAUUAAUAUUUGCAAUGGCAGAAAGUUCAACCAAAUCAAUGGCUCACCUGUCCAAACUUGAGUCCCUUGAUGGAAAUAACUACAAACGCUGGGCUCAAAAACUUCUUAUGUUUUUCGAGCAACUGGAUAUUGACUAUGUCUUGUUCAGUGACUGUCCCACUGCCAUUACGGCUACUGCUGAUUCAAAUUCUCCUUCUGCUGCUGUCAUUAAACAGAAUGAGGAUAAAAUUCUGAAAUAUGAAAAAGAUAAUAAAACAGUUCGUUUCCAUCUCCUUAAUCUGAUGACUAAUAAUUUGUUUGAUUUGUUCAUGGUUCAUAAGUCAUCCAAACUGAUUUGGGAGGCCCUUGAGAAAAAAUAUGGGGCUGAUGAUGCUGGGAAACAGAAAUACGUUGUAGGAAAGUGGCUGGCUUUCCAAAUGGUUGAUGACAAACCUGUCAUGGACCAAGUUCAUGUCUAUGAGAAUCUGUGUGCUGAUGUUUUAAAUGAGGACAUGAAAAUUUGUGAGGUUUUUCAGGCCAAUGUUCUGCUGGAAAAGUUUCCUCCCUCCUGGAGGGAGUUCCGUAACAAUCUGAAACAUAGGAAAGAGUUCCUGUCUCUUCAGGAUCUAAUCAGUCACAUGAGGAUCGAAGAGGCCAACCGAAUCAAGGAUAAUCAGGACUCGGUUCUUGUCAAUGUUACCAAAGCCAAUCUGGUGGAAUCUGCUGCUGCGCCAGGUUCUGACAAGUUCAAGGGUAAGGGUAAGAAGUGUUCAACAAGGGUAAGAAGCAAGGAAAAGUGAACAAACCAAGUGGUAAGAUUCAAAAGAAGACUUUUGUAUGCUAUGUGUGUGGAAAGCCUGAUCAUAAGGCUUACCAAUGCCCUCAACGCCAAGGUUCUGUCCUUGAAAAAUAUGAUGAAUGCUAUGCUUGUAAGUUCUGGGUUGCCUGAUGAAAUGUGGGGGGAAGCUGUUCUUUCAGCUUGUCAUGUUCUUAACCGAGUUCCUCACAAAAGAUUAGAUAAGACCCCUUAUGAGCUAUGGAAGGGUUAUCCUCCAAACUUGAGUUUUCUAGAGUGUGGGGGUGUCUAGCCAAAGUUGGGCUUCCUGACUAUAAAAAGUCAAACAUAGGACCUAAGACUUUUGAUGCUGUAUUCAUUGGUUAUGCUCAUGCUGCAUAUAGAUUCAUGUCUUUGAGUGAUAGGUCUAUCUGUGAGUACAGAGAUGCUGAGUUUUUUGA